AGAGAGAGAGAGAGAGAGAGAGAAAGAGAAAGAGGGAGAAGGAGAGGAAGUGUGGAGUAAGUUGAGGUAAAUUGUAUCACAAUCUCAGCAGGGCCUUUGUUCUUAAGUAAGUGAUUUCCUGCAAAAAAAAAAAAAGACCUCCAUUAUUCUUUUCCUAAUUGAUUCUGGCCUUGAAGUCAGAGUGAUGGCCACUAAAUGGUGACACUCACCACAGAACCUUUCUUUACCUUGCUUAUCCAUGGAAUGCUGUCUGAUAGGACAGAAGCCAUUUCUUACCCAAUUACAUCUUGGAUAAGGUCUUUGCUCCUAUUAUGUACUUAGAGUUCAGGCUUUUGUGAUAGAUAGGGAAGAUAUUUAAUGGCACAGGGGAUUAGAUACUCCUAAUAAUACCUGACCAGAUCCAAUCUCAAGUGGGGAGUGCUCACACUAUUUCUCUUCCGUUUUAUGAAGCUUUCUAAUACAGGUUUUGCCCUGCUCAAUGACAUUCCAUAUCCUUCUAGGAUCUAAGAUGAGCAUAUUAACUAAAUAACUAAUGACUGCUCCUGUUUUUGGAAGGAAUCCAUAGAGGAAACUAGCCCAACCUUGGACUUGCUUCAUGGCACUCAUCAGCAACAGCUCCUCUCCUUUGCUUUCUGAGUUCCUCCUCAUCUGUUUCCCUGGCUACCAGAGCUGGCAGCACUGGCUCUCUCUACCUCUGAGCUUGCUAUUCCUAUUAGCCAUGGCGGCCAAUGUCACCCUCCUCCUCACCAUAAGGCUGGAAGCUUCUUUGCAUGAACCCAUGUACUAUUUGCUUAGUAUACUCUCUCUGCUGGAUAUUGUUCUCUGUGUCACCGUCAUUCCCAAGGUCCUCUCCAUCUUUUGGUUUGAUCUCAGACCUAUCAGUUUCUCUGCUUGCUUCCUCCAAAUGUACAUAAUGAACAGCUUUCUGACCAUGGAGUCCUGUACCUUCACUGUUAUGGCCUAUGAUCGCUAUGUGGCCAUCUGUAAGCCAUUGCGUUAUCCAACUAUCAUCACGAAUCAAUUUGUGGUCAAGGCCACCAUGUUCAUUGUGGCUAGGAAUGCUCUCCUCACUGCCCCCGUUCCAAUCCUUUCUGCCCAGCUCCAUUACUGUGGAGACAAUAUCAUCAAGAAUUGCAUCUGCACUAACUUGUCUGUCUCUAUACUUUCCUGUGAUGACAUCACUUUCAACCGGAUUUACCAGUUUGUUAUUGGCUGGACUUUAUUGGGCUCAGACCUCAUUCUCAUCAUCAUCUCCUAUACCUUUAUUCUUCGGGCUGUCUUGCGGAUUAAGGCAGAGGGGGCUGCGGUGAAAGCUCUGAGCACGUGUGGCUCCCACUUCAUCCUUAUCCUCUUCUUUAGCACCAUCCUACUGGUACUAGUCAUCACCAAUGUAGCCAGGAAAAAAAUCCCUCAUGAUGUCCCCAUUCUGCUCAACAUACUGCAUCACCUCAUUCCCCCAGCCAUGAACCCCAUUGUCUAUGGAGUCCGGACAAAGGAGAUUAAGCAGGGGAUCCAGAAGCUUUUGAGAAGGUUGUGAGAAUCAGUAAGGUGAGGAGCAGGUGCUACGUCUUUUGAUGUACUACGAUUUUGAAUGAAAGGAAUCAUUAUGUGGGUUACAGAAUUUAUUUUUACUCUGUGACUAAAUUCCAUUCUGAAUCCAUAGCUAGUCUUCCUUAUUUUUCUAAUAUGUCAACGAUAACAUAUAUGAUAAUAUAAUAAAAUAUUAUGUCAAUAUAAGUUCAUAAUAACAUAUAAUAAUAUAAAAUAAUAUA